UUAAAGAGAGAAGCAGUGAUUCAGUGAUGACAAAAAUGAAGAAGAUCACCGUCCUUAUUCUAGCAUUCACCUGCUGUCUUUGUCAACCAGGUUUGGAUGAGAAUACUGACCAAGGUAGUCAGUGCUCAGGAUCAGCCAGCUGCUGCAUCACAUCUAUAAGUCAGCAAGUGGGUGUGCUAAAGGAGAAAAUUGCAAACAUGGCAAAAAAAAUAACAUUUUUGGAAACUAAUCAGCAAAACACUGACAAAGAAGUCCUAAGGCUGCAGAGCCUCAUUGGAGGCAUUCCCAAGGUGGCUUUUUCUGCAGCUCUCAGAGAUUCUGGCACAGGAGACAUAGGACCUUUUACCACUGACACCCCACUUAAGUAUAAAAAGGUUUUCUCCAACACUGGCAGCAGCUACAAUCCUUCAACAGGCAUUUUCACAGCGAUGGUUGAUGGAAUGUACUUCUUUCGAUUCUCGAUGUUCAACAACCUCAGUCCAACGCCCAACUCUGUUGUGAGUCUCAAGAAGAAUAAUGAAAGAUUAACAUCUGUAUGGGACACCAGUGGGAGUGACAGCAACGAUAUGGGAAGCAACGCUGUGGUCAUCCCUCUGCAGGUGGGGGACAAUGUGUAUGUAGAGCUGAUGGCAAACAGGGUCGUCUAUGAUGAUGCAAUGAACUACAACACCUUCAGUGGUUUCCUGCUUUUUACCGUGUAGUUCAAAUAAAACACUUUCAGGUCGGCAUAACCUGAAAUGUCUAUUUAUUCACAAUGCUUGCUGAUAAUGCCUCAAGAGUUCACCAGUUCAUCAUACAUUGCAGUUACAAUCUCAUUGGCUAAAUAAACAUACAGCUUGAUCUAUGGUGUACAUGAAAUUCAAUUUCCAUCUGUGUUUGAAACACUAGAAAAUUUCUUAUCAAUAUAAAACAUAAAUGGGAUGAUUUUGCUGAUAUUCAAACACAACUCUUAUUUAAAUGUUGGUUUUGUUUUAUGAAUAAAAUCUGAAAUCACU